AUGUAUCACAGAAAUGAAUUCUCCACAUUUGACUAUGUAAUAUUUGCAGUGACACUUCUGGUAUCUCUUAGUAUAGGAAUAUACAAUGCUUUUAAAAACAGAAAUAAGCAAAGUACCAAGGAAAUUCUAUUGGCCGGCGGGAAUAUGGGAGUGCUGCCUGUUGCUUUGUCAUUGUUCGCCAGUUUUAUGUCUUCAAUUGCCAUUAUUGGAGUGCCUGCUGAAGUGUAUGUGUAUAACACGAUGUUUAUGUGGUGUAUACUUGCCUUUCCAAUAGCAAUAUUCUUAUCGGCGCAUGUACAUAUUCCGAUAUUCUAUAAUCUAAAGCUGACAAGUGCAUACGAGUAUCUGGAAUUGCGAUUUAGUAGAAGUGUGAGAAUGUUGGUGACCAUUUGUUUUUGCAUGUAUAUGAUAAUGUACAUGUCUAUUGUUCUGUAUGCACCAGCUCUCGCCUUUAAUGCAGUUACUGGAUUUUCAUUAUGGGGAGCAGUGCUAUCUGUUGGAAUUGUAUGUACAGUAUAUACUGCUAUCGGAGGUAUGAAAGCAGUAUUGUGGACUGACUGUUUCCAGGCUGUUCUCAUGUUGACUGGUGUCAUAGUAACUCUGAUUUGGGGAUCCAUCAAAGCUGGCGGAAUGUCCGAAGUCUGGAGAAUUGCAGGAGAACACGAGAGAAUUAAAUUUAUUGAGGCCUUGUGGUUUUGUUUGCCUGGAUUAAUGCUCAUAAUCUUAAUGGGAUGUUUGAAUGGUCUAGUGGUCUUUGCCUACUACCAAACCUGCGAUCCUCUAUCAGCGGGAAUUGUUAAAGCAGGAGAUCAGCUGAUGCCUCUAUUUGUGAUGGAGAUCAUGGGAAGUAUUCCCGGGUUACCUGGUAUAUUCAUAGCAGCAGUUUUCAGUGGAUCACUAAGUACCGUGUCAUCUGGUCUGAACUCCAUGUCAGCAGUCCUUCUACAAGAUAUCGUUAAACCAUUCAUAUCACCUACCAUCAGCGAUAAGAAGGCAGCUAAUUUGUCUAAGAUAAUGGCUUUGGUUUUGGGAGUCGUGUGUUUGCUAUUUUCAUAUGUAGCAUCGGAGUUUGGUAGUAUUGUCAAGGGAGCUUUUGCUGGCACUGUUACCAGUAUGGGUAUAAUGUUGUGGAUAGGUAUCGGUUCAUUCAUGUACAAAAUAUAUCCAAUGUCUCCAAUGUCUACAGACGGGUGUUCGAAUCACACAACAUGCGUUUGGAAUAACUCCUUACCAUUUAGCAGUAUGUCUAUGACCACAGUACCAACAAACAGUGAAAGAAACACGAUUUUUCCUCUGUACGACUUAUCAUUUACAUAUUAUAUGCUUUUGGCACCGGCGAUAGUUUUAGUGGUUGGCCUAGCAGUGAGUUUUUUAACAGGACGUAAUGAUCCAAAGUCUGUAGAUCCACGACUGAUCUGUCCAAUAUUUGAUGUUCUGUGUCCAUACCUUCCUGAAAGGAUUCGAAAACCUCUUCGGUUCGGGAUAAUACACAAAGAUAAAUAUAAAAUUCAAAGCAAAAUGGCACAGAUGAUCACAGAGGCUCAACUUAUAACUUUGAACCCAGAUGAUGUUAAAGACCAGCAGGAAAGGGAAAUAUUUAUAAACGUUAACCAUAGUGAUACUUCAUAAAAUUUAAUGAA